UCUGGACGAGGCAAUGUUUCAUCACAUUGUUUCAUCAUGCAUUGAAUAGGAGUUCACCUAAAUACUGUGGGCCCCUUCAAGACUUGAGCUGAACGUGGGACUCCAUAUGCAUGUCCAAGGCAAAGCUGCUGAUCACACCAUUUUACAACAUCUCCAUGCUCAUAAUGAGAUGCAGUUGCAUGUUAGUGCUGUUUGUGAGCAGUUCUGGUCAUAGAUUUAACUGAAUAAAACUUUACUCUAGCCCCUUGCAUGAGGGGCUAUGCUGUUUAUUUGUUGGGCUAUUAGAGAGAUGCUGGCAGCGGAUCAUAGUUCAGUUUUGAACCCCUGUUCUGUGGAUGCACAGCAGAGCAGCUUGUGAAAUGUAGUCCCUUAAUGUGACUGUAUGAAGUUGUUUGGGGGUCAUAUUCCCUCUUUUUUGUUCUAAGCAUGGCUUUUCUCCAUGACUACGGCUGAUCCCACAGAGGCUGCACAACAAAAAUAGUUAAUAUAAUGUAAUUAAAGAGUAAAUGUAAUAAUAUAAUAAACUACAAUAAUCAUUGUCAUCAUCAUCAUGAUCAUCAUGAGUCCAAGCUUAGCUUGUUGAUUCUCUUGGAGAUUUGCUCUGCAUAAAGCAGUCAUGAUGAGAGAAAGCUCUGGCAGAAACUACAGUGCAGUGGAAAUUUUCUCUGUCUUACACUGAGGACUCCAAGGCAUAAACUCUGGACGUUACAGAAGGCUAAACAAUCUGGUUUAUUUGGUGAGGGUACGAUCUAGCCUAUGUGUGCCAAAUAUACAAUCUCUCAUCAAUGCAGGCAAACGUAAGAUCAGGAACUUUCCUUCAUGGGUGCUUGAGAUGGAUCUCACCACAUGUGCCAGCCAAUAGUGCACAGAACAGAUGUGCCUCAAGGUGAACCUCACACCCAUUUGGGAGAUCGCUGCCUGCGCCGAGCACAAAGGAAGAGACGAGGCUCCUCCGUCCCCUCGUUCGGCUGAAAGAAUCCACCGGAGCAGAUUAACGCAGACUUGUGUCUGGCGCCUCUGUUUUUCGGACAAAGGCCGACCUGAAAGAGAACGCAGUGCUAUUUAAUGAGCUGUGAGAUGAGGCCUUGCUGCUAGCAGCCAGUGGAGAAAGGAUUAAUCGUCCAUUCAUCUGGCUUCAUGUACAUGUUUAUGAGCGAUCCUCUGAGGAGAGCCUACCACGGAAUCCAAAACGGCUGCUGGGGAGAGACCGUCAAACAUGCCUACAGAAGCACUACAGGCAGAUAGCAUGGUCAAGCCUGCCGGCCAAGCCACCUCCUUCGCCUCCACCGUGCCCUUGCGCAUACUGAACAAAGGGCCGGACUAUUUCCGCAGACAGGCAGAGCCUAACCCCAAGAGACUGAGCGCGGUGGAGAGGCUGGAGGCCGACAAGGCCAAAUACGUGAAAAGUCAGGAGGUGAUCAACGCAAAGCAGGAGCCGGUGAAGCCCGCCGUGCUGCCCAAGCCGCCGGUGUGCCCGGUCACCAAGAGGGCGGGGAGCAGCCCGGCCCUCAAGGCCUCCAACAACAAUUCCAAGUCGGACACCUGCGUCAAGCGCGAGAACCUGAACCUGGAGAUCCUGAAGAACAUCCUCAACAGUUCGGAAGGCUCGUCCACGGGGACGGUCCACAAGCACAGCGCCCGGAGCUGGGCGCCGCAGCGCUCCGAGUCCACCGAGCUCAACCGCCGCUCCUUCGCCGAGUCCCUGAAGGUGUUCCCCACUCAGGGUCACUCCAGCCCCCAGGGGAGCAACCUCAACAUCAGCAAGCGGCUCUUCGAGGAGCAGUCCAGCGACUCGUCCCUGCACGUCUCCCACAGCUCCUCGGACAUUAGGAGAAUAUGCAACGGCAAGCCCCUGAGAGCCACCCCCAGCAGCAGCUCCGCGCCGCCCCUGCCACCCAAGCCCAACGUCUCCAGCUGCAACACGCUCAAGUCCCCGGAGAACGAGGCGCCGGCAGAGCCCGGCAGCACCGUGAGCCGGAGGCCCUCGCUGCACCGGUCCAAGUCGGACCUGAGUGACCGGUACGCUCGCGCCAGCGCUGAUGUCGAACGUUUUUUUAAUUACUGUGGACUCGAUCCUGAAGAGCUUGAAAACUUUGGCGUGGAGAACUUUACCCGGGCCAACUCAGAUAUUAUAUCGCUUAACUUCCGCAGCGCCAGCAUGAUAAGUUCAGACUGUGACCAGUCGCGGCACAGCAACGACGACCUGACGGACGACGAGGACGCCAACGAGCGGGUGCCGUACGGCAUCUCGGCCGUCGAGAGGAACGCCAGAGUCAUUAAAUGGCUCUAUAGCAUCAAGCAGGCUCGAGAGUCUCAGAAAGUUUCUCAUGUUUGAGAAAAGACCCACUUUUUUCCUUUUUAUUUCUUUGUACGUUUAUGAUUUUUGAAAGCUGUGUACUGGCUUUGAAUCUUGAAUUGAUGGUGAGUCCCAAGUUCACAGCCUCUGAGUUGCUUUGCGUUCAGUGUGCAAUGUCUUCAGAAUCUGCAUGCUUCUCGACAUGCAACUUUGACUUGGCCUCCCGAUGCAAAUGUAAGCAAAACAACAUAUUUAAGAUGGCUGCCGUUCCUGGCCUUCUGCCUUAGAGUACAGUAUUUUGCUUAUAUCAAUCAGACAAGCGUUAUGAUGUCAGCUCCUCUGGGUGCAUUGUUCAAUGUUAUUCCAUUCUGUGCAGCAUUCAGCAUACUGAGCCUGUGUGAGUCAUGUAGCCAUAUCGGUGUGAAUGCAAGGAUACAGUGUUAAAAUCAGUAGUUAUACUUUUUAAUGUGUAUGGAUGCAGUCAUACUGUAUGUAUAUAAAGCCGUGGGCUGUAGAAGCAUGUUACGGUCCAGGUUAGGUGUACUCUCGGAGACAUGUAACUUUUUUUUCAUUAAGCUGUCCAGUUUUGCACUGGUGAUGUGGUGCAAACAGUGUUGUAAAACCAUCAGCAUUCUGUGAUUCGCUUCCAUCUAGUCCAUCCUCUCCAUCCCCUUACUCAUCAGCAGCUGAUUUUUGUGGUACUAAGGAAUGGAGGUGAGCUCAGUGAUUGACCUCAUAACUUGUAGUAUUUGUGUGUCAAAUACACAGCAAAACCACUCUAUUUCAUUGGCAAAUUAACUUUUUUAUUGUGUAAAUGCUGUAAGGAUAUGUAUAUAACUUCUAAGUUGUUACCAAAUCUGUAAAGAGGAGUCUGCUAUGCUAAUAAAUAGCUUUUGGCGCAUUUA